CAUGUUUGUGCUCUGCGACAUUUUACUUAUUCUUCCUUUUCCUACUCUCACGUUCCCUAAAAGUUCCGUAUGUUGGACACCGCCGUCCAGAACAAUCAACGUAUUUUCAGCUCAUACGAAGCGUUUCUUGGAAACCCGACGACUUACGUUGAAUAUGCCGAAAAAUUCGCGCAAUGGUUGGAUUCGGACAGGGCUUUCUAUGCCCAAGGGAAACCUUCUAUCGUAUCGAUACUCAUGACGGCAUACAGGACCGUCCACCAGACUCUCUGUCCCGGGCUCGAUUUCAGUAUACCUCUCAACAUGGAUCUUUACAAGAAUCAUCCAUUGCUGUCAGCCUACCGACGUCUCAUCGAAGUUCUGUCCAAAUACGUCAAGCAUUUCCUCAAUGAUGCCGUUCUCAGGCCACAAGUUCAAUUACUUCUGCGUACUGUUGGCAUGCAGUUGACCGCAGAAACAAGGCCACCUAUUCCUGUACAACCUUCUCCGACAGUCCAACUUCCUCAUGCCCCUGUUCAAACCGGACGAGAACCACCCAGGGCGUCGACGUCUUCUUCACAAUCUCCGACGCCACUGGGUCUUCCCAAGAGAAAGAGGAAUAUGGAUUUGCUGAUCAAACAGGACUUGGACUGGUAUGUAGCCCAAAACUCUUCUGCUCCGAAAACCCAGGGAGGUCCUCUUCCGAAGGAUGUACCUGCGAAUGAGCCAUCAUCAUCCAAAUCACCUGCAACAACCGGAACCGUUCCUCAGAGCCAGUGCAUCUCCAUCAGAAACAGCGCCUGUCCUUUCAAGCGAAUCGACGUUGACGUCUGGACCGGUUGUUGCACCUCAGGCUAAUGCAUUUCAGCCAAUUAUCCCAGUAGAGACGAAGCCCGUUCCCCAAAAUGAUUCCUCAACUGCAUCUGGAAUUGAUACAGAAGUCAGUUCGAAGCCUAACGUUUUAGGCGAGUGGACUGUUUUCAGAGAUGCGAUUCCCCCGGAGUC